UUAACUCCCAGGAUUAUUGGGAUAGGUGGGGCGUCAUGCGCGGGAAAAUCCCGGUUAUGUGGAACUCUAAUGGAACAUCUCACUUCAAAGGGCAUGGAAGUGAAGGUUAUAUCAAUGGACGACUACUACUGGAGAGUUGAUGAUCCGCGUCAUGUGCGUAAUCCGGAAACCGGGUUCCCCAACUUCGAUUGCUACUCGGCGGUGGACUGGGAAAGUCUCAUUGAAGACGUUCAUCAGUGGAGUUCCCAUAAACCGGCUGGUGUGAGAUCGUCCAAUCCAAAUCGGUUUUUGUUCGUCGAAGGUAUAUUUGUCCUAGAGUGCGAGACUUUGUUUCAAACGUUCGACGUCUCCAUCUUCCUCAAGUUGAACUACGAAACUAUGCUCGAAAGGAGACUGUUACGGGACUAUGAUCCACCGGACCCACCAAACUACUUCAAAGACUAUGUGUGGCCAGCCUACUGUAAAUCUUUGGAAAGCGUUUCCUCAAGAGCUGGACGCACAAUUUUCGUUGAAUGCCGUGGUCUAUCCUUCGAAGACAUGUUCCGUCGUGUCCUCGGGUGUAUACACGAUAAACUGGUUAUACGUGACUAAUACAUUGGAGAAUACAAUUACU